CGAUUUUUUCGAAUUCGUAUCAAAGAAGCUAGAAUUCGCGUGAAGAAAUCAUUUUGCCUGCCGAAGCUCAUAACUAAUAUAUUGGAUGUUGAAAGUUGAGGCGCGACAACAAAAGUGUGUGUUGCUUUAAAAUAGCAUGACAAAUAAUCUCGUUGUCCUCCAUGUGACCCGUUUACCUAAAUAUUUUGGACCUGUUGAACUGCGGAAAUAUAUUAGUCAGUUCGGUAAAGUGCAUGAGCUCUAUAUGCCAAAAUCAAAGAAGACUGGUAACUGGAAAGAUAAUGCUUUUAUCCGACUAUCGGAAGAAGUUGCUCCUCUCGUGGCUUCAACGCUAAACAAUUUGCUGCAAUUCAAUAAAAUAAUAAAAUGUAAGUUAUUAACACUUUCUGACCUAGGAUAUUCAGUUUGUCAGCUGGUGCUCAUACAAGCGUUGUUUCUUCUGAUUAAUUUUGUGAUUCGUAAAAAUUUCAUUUGUAGCACAAGUUUAAGUAAUAAAAAUAAAGUCAGACAUAUUUUGCAUGACGAACCAGGCUAUAGUUUUUGAAGAAAUCAGUCAGAUGAAAAGAUGGCUUUUUGUGUGAACUUCGUGUAUGCUUUUUCUAAAUGGUAUUCUGUCGUUAUAGGUGGUAUUAUUCUUGUAGAGGACCUCGAAUAAUUCCCAAUUUUGACUUCUCAUCUAAACUCUAGUUCCUCGCACUAACUUUAAUACUUACGUUGUAUCAAAGUUUUGGGGUACAUUAGUCUCUCGUCACGCUAUCCGUUUUCACAAUAAUGCCUUUCUGGACCUUUCUAAAACCGUCUGUCUUUAGCUGCCUGGAAAAUGGCAUCCAGAGUUUUGCUAUUACUACUCAACCACAUAAACCUGAUUUCCGGAAUCAGCUCAUUU